AUGACGCAAAUAAUAAACGAUGAAAAACAAUUAAAACUAUCUCUAACAAAAAUUAUCAACAUAGUUGAAGAAUGUAUACAGAAAUUCAAGUCCUAUGAUCAACAAACACGUAUACAAGCAGAAACGUCCAUUGCAGAUGAUAAUCUGCUAGAAAACUCUCAAUUGAAUAACAAUAUCUAUACAUUUACAUUGAAUGACGAGACAAACGAACUUUUACAAGCUUUAACAUCGAAUAUUGAAACCAUUCUUAAUGAAGAUUUCGAAAAAUUAUCACAGAUAUGUUUGAAUUAUCUAUUAGAUGUUCUUCAUACAUAUCAUUACGAUCGCGAACGGCGACAAUUUCUUCCACCCUUAAACGUAGGUGCAUUACAUUCAUUUGUUCUUGAAAUAAAGGGUUUAUUAGCUUCAUCCGAAGCAUUUCCAGCAGCAUUCAAUGGUAAUCUAGAAAUAGUGAAAAAGUUUAUUGAAGAAUAUCCAACAUUUAAGGAUAAACCAGGAUUAUGGGAAACAACGUUAUUAUAUUCAGCUGCAAGAAAUAAUCAUUUUGAAAUUGUUAAAUAUCUGAUUGAAGAAGCGCAUUGUUCUGUCAAUGCACAAAAUCAACGUGAAGUUGAGUUUGCAUUGAAUACUUCUUCAACAAAUUAUACUCCACGGCCUACAGCAGCUUCGACAGCUCUUCAUGCGGCUUGUUUUUACAAUCAUUUGAAUAUUGUACGAUAUUUGGUUCAGCACGGUGCUGAUUACUUUAUUCAAAAUCAAGCCCAUGAAACGCCUAUUUAUAAUGGAGAACGAUAUAACGAUAUAAAAAAAUUUUUUCAAGAUUAUCUUAUCGUGGGCUAUUCUAUUGCAGCCUCAGCAAUUCUACCUGAUCGAACUAUCAUGAAUAAUGAUUACCGUCCAAUACGAGAUUCAAUAUGGGAAUACAAACCAUUUCAAGAUCUAAAAUGGUAUAGAUUUACAGCGGCUGAAGCAACUAUAUUACACAAUGCUCUAUUACCAUCCGACGAACUUCAGCAGCAAGUUUAUUUGACAGUAACCAACGGUUUAUACAGUGUAUCGAUUCUUGAAUUUGUACGAUCUGGAAAACACGAGCAAGAUCCACAAAAAAAUAUGGCGUGGAUUAGAUGCCGGGGGUCUAGUAUUUUAAAUUUUGAUUGUAGUUCAAUCUGGCAUAUUAUGUUAUUUCAACAUCAAAAAGUAAACAAGGACACAGAUAACACACCAUCAUUAAAAAUACAAGAGUUUCCAGUUAUGCGUAAUAGUCGUUUUAAACUUCAAUUAAAUACUUGGUAUAGUUGUGAUGACAAAACAACUUCAUCCAUAGAUAAUGCAAUGAAUUAUCGAAGAAAAAUUAUUACAAUUGAUAUACCUUAUAUUGGUGAUAAGCUGACAUUUAAUUUACAAACAUUUGAAUUUUCAAAUGACGACAAGACAAUUCUGGGAUAUAUUCGAUGGAUUCCAAAACUUAUAUCAAAUACUGAAUACAAGAAUAAAAAACUUGUACAUGUUGAUAAUUACCAACCGAUGGCAAGUAUACAGCCGAUUCCUUUAACUACGCAACGUAGGGAACAAGUUUUACAAGUGAAAAAUACUGACCAACAGCAUACCAACGGGAUUGAAAAUCACGAUGAUGAAGACGAGACUGGCUUACAAAUUGCGACAGUAUACGGAACAGAAAAUGACGAUGAGGCUGAUGAUGAUGAUUUUGAAAAUACGAAUGAAAAAAAUGACACAUCACCAAAGAAUAAUGGUACUUGGACUAUUACUGAUCUUGAUGAUGACACGACGUUUAUUAAUUCCGAGCCUGGUCUGCCAAAUAAUGUUACUCCAAAUACAUUAAUUCGCGAAGAUUCAAAAAUUCCUGAGGAUUUUUUUCGUGACGCAAAUGAUAAAGUCAAACAGCCUGGUUUCACCGAGCGAGCGAAUUCUACGUUACAAGCUGACGCAUCUGCUGCUAUUGCUUUACAAUUUGCAUCGGAAAUACAAGAAUUAAAAGAUCAAAUUGAAAAAGAGAAAUUAAAAGUUGAACAAGAAAAGCAAUCGCAAGACAAAAUGACAAAAGAGAAAGAAAACGAACUGAAACAAAUAAAUAAAUUAUUGGGAAAACUUCAACAACAAUUAGUUAACAGGGAAGCUCACGAACAAAAAUUGAACAAUUUAAUGCAGCAAAUUAUCGGUAUCGACUAUAAUAAUAUCGAAUCAAUUAUUGCAAAUAUUUUUCUAUUUGGCAAAGUUAAAAAUAUUAUCGAUCAUCUUAAAGAUAAACAUCCUGUCGAUAUUUAUUUCGUAGGAAUACCAAAUAUUACCGUUACCGAUAGCAAUGAUCUUUAUUGUAUAUCAGUGACAGGAACGAAAGCACAUCAUGAUGAAUUUAAAUGUAUUCUAGAACGAAUACAAAAGUUAUCAAAUGCUACCGAACUAGCGAAAAAAUCAUAUCAACACCAAUUGAAUUCAAAAUUAGGAUCGGUUAACUAUAUAAUGACAAAACAAAUUCGUUCCUCGGAAGAUUGGAAACAUUACACUAAGUAUUAUCAACAAUUACUGAAAAAUAAAAUUGAAGAUUUUGUUAAAUUAUAUGAUGAGUAUAUAUUACAAAAAGCAAAACUAAUGAUGAACGAUUGUAUAAAAGAUGUCAAUUUUCAAUCGCAAAGUCAAUUGAAAAAAUUAACUGAUAUGUACAUGAAGAAAAAACAGUUCCUACCUGAAUUAGAAAUAUUAAAAUGUGAAGCCUUAGAUGAAUACGUAAAACAACAUGUUUUAUCUGAAAGAGUAAAAUUUGAAAAGAAACCAUCGAAGGAAUCUCUCGGCACCAUGCAUGAUUUGAUUGGUAAAGUCAAAAAAGAAUUUAAAACAAAUCCAACUUAUAGCGGUUGCCAUGUAGAACAAUUUAAGAAAAUCCCAAAAGUAUUACAACGAAUCAUGUUAUACUAUCGAUGUUUUCUUCUACAAUUACCCUUAUAUGAAUCAGCGAAAACUUUAUUACAAAAAAUUAAAGAAAACACAGUCGUUACGAUAGCAACGUCUACUGGAUCUGGUAAAUCAAGUGUAUUACCACCUCUACUGAUUGCUGAAGGUUAUGAUAAAGUUAUUGUUACGCAACCUCGUCGGUUACCGUGCACAGCAAUUUCCGAACGCGUUAAUGAAACUAUGAUGACAAAUAAAAAUGAAUUGCCAAUUGCUGGAUGGGUGGUCAGCGGUGAUGAGUGCGAUGUAAAUGCUCGAAUUUUAUAUUUAACAGAUGGUCUAUUGAAAGAACGUUUAUUGCACGAUGAAAAUUUGAUCGCGCAACAAGCAAACAAUAAAACCAUUGUGUUUUUUCUUGAUGAAGUUCAUGAAAGAUCAGUUAAUAUUGACCUUUGUUUAGGAUUAUUUGCACGUCUUCUAACAAAUCAACCUGAGAUUAAAUCUAAAGUAAAAAUAAUUAUUUCAUCAGCAACAUUAGAUACAUCUGUGCCAGCACUAUACAGUCGAAUACCUCAAUUGAAAUUCGAUGAAUUCAAAAUGCCGACAUUGGGAACGUUACAUCCUGUAACCAAAAUUCCACGGCCCAAUCAAAAUAUAUUAGAUUUAGUACAAGAAUUAUGUAAAAAAAAACAACGUCAUGAUCAAAUAUUAUGUUUCGUCAGUAGUGUAUCAGAAGUAAAACAAUGUUGUAAUCUUUUAGAAGAAAUCAGUCAUGGAACACUUAUUGCUUAUCCUUUAAUUCAAUCACAAUCAGCAGCUGAUCAACAGAAUAGUAUCGAACAAGGAAGUAUUUUCUUUUCAACAACUGUUGCUGAAACAUCGCUUACAUUUCCAUCAUUGAAAUAUGUUGUUGAUACAGGCAUGAUUAAUAUUCCUGUUUAUAAUUCUGACAAAAAAGAAACAACUUUAAUGGAAAUUCGAGCUGCUGAAUCAACAAUUAAACAACGUUUAGGUCGACUAGGACGAACAAAGCCAGGGGAAUAUUAUUCAUUAUAUGACUUUCAAGUUGAAGAUAAAAAAUAUCCGACGCCACAAAUAUGUCAAUCAGAUUUAAUUAAUAUUGAAUUUUCAUUAAGAAAAUCUUUAGUAAAAAAUGGACUUCACUUUAUGAAAAAGUUUCUCCCGAAUUCUCCAGAUUCAAAAGCAAUCAAUGCAGCCAUAGAAGAAUUAAAGCGCUUAAAUAUUGUAAAUUCGAAUGAUAAAUUUACUUCAGUUGGUGUUGCAAUUUGUAAAUUACCUGAUUUUGGGUCAUUAGCUAUGUCAAAAGCUGUUCUAUCUGCAUUAAAUCAACACAAUUGUGGACGAGAUCUUAUUGUUCUUUCAUCAAUUUUAAGUGUUUUAAAUACAUCAUCAGUAUUAAAGGCAAUACCAAGUUCUAUGAAAAGAAGUGAAGGUGAUUUUAUGUCUUUAUUAAAUGUUAUGAAUGAAAUUCUCCUAGUAAGAAAAAGUGUACAUGCUCAACAAUUUAGAUUAUCUAAAGUAUGCCAAGCUAAGAAUUUAACACCAAUCCUGCAUAUAUUAAAACAAGCAUUGCGGCGAUAUGUUAAUUUAGAGAAGUCAUUUAAUCUUUCCGCUGAAUAUCGUGAAAAAGCACAAGUAUCCAGUGAUGAUUGGGAAUCGAUUGCAAAAUCGUUAUUAAACGGAUAUGGAGAAAAUGUCUUUGUGUCAAUGAAAGAAUUACAAGGAAGAACUCAUAUAUUUACACGAUAUUCUCCUCCUAAACACGACGAAGCUGUUUUAGAUCUACAAUCGACUCUUACACGAGCAAUCUCGUCGGCACCCGUUUCACUUGUUCUUGCACGUGACAUUCGUUUUUCAUCUUCUAUUCGACAUACAGCUGUUUUAUCAUUUGUUGGCGAAAUUCAGUCACAAUGGAUUGAGUAUCGUCUUAGUAGGAAUAUAACAUUAAACACAGCUGAAGAAACGAAAUUAAAUCAAGAUAAUAUAUUGGGAACAACAAAACAAGCAUUUCCUAAUAUUCAAAUACAAUUAAAUAAUCAUAUUCUCACUUUAGAAGGUUCAGCAGGUUCUGUUCUCGACGCUGAACUCAAUAUUUUACAACAAUUGGUUGUAGAAAUGAAAUUUACAUUGGCAAAUAUGUACCCAACUAGCGCAACAGCUGAUCAUGCUCGUAUGAAAAGAAAUCUCGAAGGUGUUUCGAAAAUGCCUUCUAUAUUUAGGCCAAUGAAAUGGCGUUGGGAAGCUCAACAUCAAGUUAAAAUAACAGUCAAUAAUAACGUAGGAAAUCAUGAAUGUGAGAUAACAAUUGAAGGGCGAGAUUCACAAAAUCAAUUAGUACAAAAAGAAUUUCAAUCGUUCUUAGGAUGGUUAAAACGUUGUGCUGUUAUUAGACACCCCAACGCAGGCGUUCCACCACGAAUUAUUAAACCAGCCAUGCGUAAAUCAUGUCUAGAUAUGGAAGAAAAAAUUUCACAUAUCACUGAUAGUAAACGAACAUCAAUUGAAUUAUGGAAAGGUUUGAAAGGUUCAAAAGCAACGCGCGAAACUCGAAUGGAAGUGGUUGCAUGGAUAGCCGUAUGUAAAUUUGAUUGUCGACUUGAAGGUGGUUUUGUUCGUGAUUGGAUUGUUGGAAAUUACACUGCUCGGCCAAGUGGAUACCCAUCGACAUGGGUGACUUAUCAAACUAAUGCAACUGGUACAAUACUUCCUUAUCUGGACAAGGAUUUAAUCCCAUCAGAUCUUGAUUGUCAUUUGCCAUCACAUAAAUCUUUUGAUAUUGAUAAAUUCUUGGAUAACUUACAUAGAUAUCAAAUUGAAUAUACGGUGUAUCGAGAAGAUUGGCGUUAUAUAAUACUAUUAGAUGAAAAUGCUAAAACUGGUCCAUUUACCAUGGAUUUAAUUGAACCUCAUGUUGCUAUAACACAAGAUCUAAUCGAUUUUGAUGUUAGCAAUUUAUCAUUAGAAAAAGAUUACACAAAAGAAUUAGGAAUGAGAGUUGAUAUUACAUAUAAACCAUAUUCUAUUGAAUUGGAAACUAUUGUCGAUAAUAUCAAAAAUAAACGCUUUCAAGUAUUACGUCCAGUUGAUAACUAUGUGCAAGUUCGUAUUGAUAAAAUGAAAAGCCGAGGUUGGACACAACUUGGACAACCGAUGCAUGUCAUUCCUAAUCCUCCACCGAAAUAUCAAGUUGUUCUUGUUCCAUUACCAGAAUCAACGGACUUAUAUCAAACAUUAGUUCAACAAAUGAAAUCCUAUAUUAACAAUCAAGUAAAAGUACUGUCUAUUGAGCAAAUAAAAAAUCCCUUAUUAGAAGAAGCUUAUUUAGCAAUGAAAGAAUUAAUUGCUAAACAAUGCAAGGGAAAAAUUCCAAAUGAACGCGAACUAUUCCAUGGAACCAAAGGUGAAGCUAUCGAUGGAAUAUUAAAUGAUGGAUUUGAUGAUCGAUAUUGGGGAGGAAAUUUUUCAAAAUGCAAAUGGGGUCAUGGUGCAUAUUUUGCUGACAAUCCAAGUGUUUCACAUAGAUAUACUGAAGCCAAUACAAAUGAUCAAACACGUAUCAUGUAUUACAAUAAAGUUGUUCUGGGAAAUGAAUCGAUACUUCAAGAACAAAAUAGUGAAUUAAUGUCGGCACCCAGAGGUUAUCAUUCAACGCAUGGACACUUUCCAGGUCAACCAAAUGACGACGAAUAUAUUGUAUAUCGAUAUGGACAAGCAUUACCCUAUUUGAGAAUAACUUAUAAAGUUUAA